AGAUCCGUCACUGACUGCGUUUUCUUUGUCAAUGGGCUUGACUUUUUAUUUUAUUUAAUAGUUAUGUGGAUCUUCGUGAGAAGGCGCAGAGGAUGAGACCGCCAACGCCAGCAUUCCCGCAAACCUCACCCAGCGGACCAAUACUGUCAGAAAAGGAGAGCGAGGAACUCUUGAACAUUAGGAUAUCUAAUCAGUGAGCUUCGUCAGCAUGGAAACACUUACACACAGACACAUAUACAUACAAACAAAAAAGAAAAAAAAGUACAAAAAGUACAAAAAAAAAAAAAAAUAUUGCGUGCAUUCUCCUCUAUUCACUAGCUGUCUCAUUUUGUUCCUGUUUCUUUUUCCUUUUCGUUUUCUUUUUCUUUUUUUAUUGGCAUCAUCAUCCUUAUUUCCCUUGCGCCCUGUUUGUCCCUUUUUUUUUUUUUUCUUUCUUUCUUUACUUCAAGGAAUAACAAAUCCUUGUCACGUAAAAGCUGGACCUUUUCCGUGAAUUUGACACUUUUUCUUUAUUUUUUAUGACC